CCUUAAGCAUCAUACAAAGGCUUAGUAGAGAUGGAAGCCCUCAAGAGCUCUUUUGCUACUUCUCGCUGCUCUCUCAUUUUCUUUGGUCUUUUACUUCUCUUUGCUUCAGCGAUGUCCUCUUCACAAGCCAAAACUCAGCUGCAUGACUUUGUCAUUCAAACAACACCAGUGAAGAGGCUGUGCAAAACCCACAACAUCAUCACAGUGAAUGGCCAAUAUCCGGGUCCAACCUUGGAAGUCAACAAUGGUGAUACUUUGAUUGUCAAAGUCACAAACAAAGCUCGCUACAAUGCCACCAUUCACUGGCAUGGGAUUCGGCAAAUGAGAACAGGAUGGGCAGACGGGCCAGAAUUUGUGACACAGUGCCCGAUUCGGCCAGGAGGAAGUUACACAUAUCGUUUCACGAUUCAAGGGCAAGAAGGGACAUUGUGGUGGCAUGCUCAUAGCUCAUGGCUUAGAGCCACCGUCUAUGGAGCCCUCAUUAUUCGUCCGAAACAAGGAGAUUCCUACCCAUUCACUAAGCCAAAGCGUGAAAUACCCAUUCUUCUUGGCGAAUGGUGGAAUGCAAACCCCUUAGAUGUUGUGAGGGAGGCGACUCGCACAGGAAAAGCUCCAAACUUGUCAGAUGCAUACACCAUUAACGGUCAACCUGGCAAUCUUUACAGCUGCUCCAGCAGAGACACCGUCAGAGUUCCAAUAGACUCCGGUGAGACAAAUCUCCUCCGAGUCGUCAACGCCGCCCUGAACCAAGCGCUGUUCUUCACGGUUGCCAACCACAAGCUCACAGUUGUUGGCGCUGAUGCCUCCUACACCAAACCCUUCACCACCACAGUCAUCAUGCUAGGCCCUGGCCAGACCACCGACGUUUUGAUCAGUGGUGACCAGCCUCCGGCUCGAUACUACGCGGCAGCACGUGCCUACGCUAGUGCCUCGGGUGUACCAUUCGACAAUACCACCACCAGAGCCAUUCUUGAAUACAAGUCAGCUUCUUGCGCUGUCAAAAACUGUGCAUUAACCAAACCUGUUAUGCCCGUUCUACCGGCUUUCAAUGACACAGCCACCGUCACUCGCUUCAGUACGAGCUUCAGAAGUCUCAGGAAUGUGGAAGUCCCGACUGUGAUCGAUGAAAACCUCUUCUUCACAAUCGGUGUAGGACUCAAACAAUGCCCAAAACAUCUUAAUAAAACCAGGCGGUGCCAGGGCCCCAAUGGAACGCGCUUCACUGCCAGCAUGAACAACGUGUCUUUUGUGCUCCCAUCCAAAAUGUCCAUACUUCAGGCUUUUGAGAAACGCGUACCUGGAGUUUUCACCACUGAUUUCCCAGCAAACCCUCCCGUGAAAUUUGACUACACCGGCAAUGUCAGCCGCUCACUGUGGCAACCUGUUCUGGGGACUAAGGGGUACAGGUUGAAAUUCGGGUCAAGGGUACAGGUCGUUUUACAAGACACAAGUAUCGUCUCCCCUGAGAACCACCCAAUUCAUCUUCACGGAUACGAUUUCUACAUCAUUGCGGAGGGUUUUGGAAAUUUCAAUUCCAAGACUGAUACAGCAAAAUUUAACCUUGUUGAUCCACCUCUGAGGAACACGGUGGCAGUACCUGUGAAUGGAUGGGCAGUCAUCAGAUUUGUCGCUGACAAUCCAGGUGCCUGGUUAUUGCACUGUCACUUGGACGUUCAUAUCGGCUGGGGUUUGGCCAUGUUGUUCUUGGUAGAUAAUGGCGUAGGAAAAUUUCAGUCGAUCGAGCCUCCUCCAGCGGAUUUGCCACUUUGUUAAGAUCAUCAAUAUAAUAAUUAUUUACCAUCAAAUUCAUAAGCCCGUAACAGGGUAUUUUUUUUUCUGCGAUUACUACACGAUUCCUCUGUUGUUUUCCCUUCAUUUGGGGACCUAAUGCUUUCUCUGUUUCAUUGUUCUUUUUCAUGGAUAAAGCAGGUUUAGAGGAGAUGGUGAAGUGGUUGUAAAACUGCAGCACCAUCUAAUUUAUAAGCUAUAGACCCGAGACAUGUCUCUUGGUUUGAGAUGUAUUUUUUAUUGUUUUUCUAAAAAUAAUGUUGAAGACAGAUUUGAAACUUAGAAUAUUUUUAUGGUGUACGAGUCUCAUUAUAAUUCAAUCAAUAUAAAGAUCCUUCCUUUUUCUCU